CAGCUGACGAAUGGUAUCUCCCUCCUCUCCCGGAUGGAUCGCUCCGCUGAGCCCGGCCAGCCUGAGCGCUAGCUGACACUGGGGCAGGUUGCUCGCACCGCUUGCUCUCCUCCUGUUGGAUGUCAGACGGACGUAGCCUCAAGUUAAAGCUUUCGCCACCGAGAAACCCCCCCCCCCCCAACAUACACGACGCCGUUUAUUUUUCACCGCAUCUUUCGGAUAGGAAGCGACCCGCUUCCCCUCACCAUGGCUUCCAACUUCAACGACAUAGUGAAGCAGGGGUACGUGAGGAUACGGAGUAAGAAACUGGGGAUCUUCAGGAGGUGUUGGCUGGUGUUUAAAAAGGCUUCUAGUAAAGGACCCAGGAGGCUAGAAAAGUAUCCCGAUGAAAAGGCAGCCUACUUUAGAAGUUUCCACAAGAUCACCGAGCUCCAUAACAUCAAGAACGUCACGCGGAUGCCACGGGAGACAAAGAAGCACGCCGUCGCCAUCAUCUUCUGCGAUGACACGUCCAAGACGUUUGCCUGCGAAUCAGAGCUGGACGCCGAGGAAUGGUGCAAGCUGCUGUGCGUGGAGUGCCUGGGUACCCGUCUCAACGACAUCAGCCUCGGAGAGCCGGACCUGUUAGCAGCGGGAGUGCAGCGGGAGCAGAACGAGCGCUUCAACGUGUACCUCAUGCCCACGCCGAACCUGGACAUCUACGGGGAGUGCACCAUGCAGAUCACCCAUGAAAACAUCUACCUGUGGGAUAUUCACAAUGCCCGCCUCAAGCUCGUCAUGUGGCCUCUCAGCUCCCUGCGCAGAUACGGCCGGGACUCCACCUGGUUCACGUUUGAGUCCGGAAGGAUGUGUGACACAGGAGAGGGUUUGUUUACGUUCCAGACCCGGGAGGGCGAGAUGAUCUACCAGCGGGUCCACUCGGCCACGCUGGCCAUCGCCCAGCAGCACGAGAGGAUGAUAGAGGAGAUGGAAAAGAGCUCCCAGUUUCACUCCAGAGAGACGCUAACCAAGUCCAUCUCGCUGCCACGCAGCGCCUACUGGCAGCACAUCACGCGCCAGGCCAGCGUGGGGGAUCUCUACAGUUACCAAGGGAGUGGUGGAGAGGAAAGACUAACAGACAGAGGAGCAGGGCUGUCGAAGACCUUUAUCCCCCGGGCACAGACGUUCCCCAGCUUUCUGUCUGAUGAGCAGGAGGAGAGGAGCCACCGGCACCAAGAAGAGGCGCCGUCGCCCUCUAGUGGCUGCGAAUCCAGUUGCAGCCUCAGACCGCUUCAAUGACAGGGAGCGGCUGUGGACACUCAACCCGUCACUGUAGAGAGGAUUCAGCAAUCUGUAUAGUGAUACAUGUAAUAUACCUGUAGAAGCUGUAGAAAGGGAUCCUGGAGGAUGGUGAAGUGUGACUGCAGAGAUGGCUUCUGAAAGUGCACCAAAAAUCCUCCUUUGUGUGUUAUUUCAAGUGUUUCUCGCCGCCAUUGUUCUGUUUAACUCUGCAUGACCUGCUACUUUCACAACAUUUUAUUUAUUUAGUUUUUUUUUUUAAGCAAAGCACUUGGAAAGAAGUUAAAGACACUAUUACCUAAAUAUCUGCUGUAAAACAGCUUUAAGAAACUUCUUUUUUUUUUUUUUUUUUUCCUGAAGUUGAUGAAAUGACAUCAGGCGUAAUCCGGCAAGGUGCUGCCUCAGCAGCCGGUUCAAGAGAAACUCUACCAGUUUUGACACAAAUCCCCCCCCCCCUCUCGCCUCCCCACCGCUCCCCCAUCAGCUUUGUCGCGAGAAUGUGAAAUCGAUCAAUGCCUCACACAACAAAACAGCUUGAUGUCCAUGGCAGCGAUGAAUCAGCUAAACUUUUCUAAUCGGCUUCAACCAGCAAAAAAAAAAAAAAAGUCAUUCAUAAAUGGGUUGGGGCGGACCGUCGUGUCAGAGAUGAUAAAAAGCGCAGCCCUUCUGCAGCCUCUGCUUUAAGCUGCUGGCAUUACUCUUCACUACAGCAAAUUGACUUUAAUGGCGCCUGAGCCCUUCUGAAGCUCUGUCUGUCAGAAGUUCCUGAUAAGCUGUUCAUUAGCAGAAAGGUGUUAAAAAAAAAAUCAGGGUCACCUGAUGGGAUGAUGGGUUAUGCAAAUCAGAGAUAAAAUUCAUAUUUGGGGUCCAUAAUAAGCUAAGAGAAUGUUUCUCGAGGAGGAAAACAUGACAUCAGGCUUUCAGGGAAAGUUGCUUUUGAGGUUUUUGUGGAGGUUUAGGAAAUAUUUGUGAUUCGGCAGGAACUGCUGGAGUUAGGUUUUAUCACUUCCAAGUCCGAAAGGGUACAAAAAAAAAAUGCAUGAACAAAUGUUUACGUUUCCAGAACCUUUUCAUCAGUCCAUUAUCAAAAGCCUUUUAUCCUGCAUACAAAAAUUGACGUGCGGCAGAAAAACUGAACAUUGGACAUCACCCUGAAUCCACCAUUCUCUAAUGUGAAACAAUAUGGUUAGCAGCAUCAUACCGUUGGGAUUCCUUAACAAUUUUGAACCGCCUUGUGUCAAUCGAUCCCAUUCCCAAUAAAUUACAUAAAAGUUUGUUGUAGCAACGCGAGAAACGGUGAGCUCUGCUGUUCUGGACUAUCUUAUAAGACCAAGGUUUUAAACAAAUAUAAUAAAGGUCCAGAUGUCUGGACCUUUAUUCCAGACACCUGGAAUAAAGGUGUCUGGAAUAAAAAGUCACUUUUUACUAAAACGCAGAAUAGGAGCCCCGCUUCAUGUGUGUUGUGUCAUGAUUUGUGGGAAAUAAAACCCAGCUAAGCAGAUAUGCUCCUCUCAAAUAAGCACAUCGUUAUAAAGAUGGCAAAAAACUUUCUUACUCACUCAAUUAACCAACUCCUCUACUAGUAAUCACACCGAGUCGCAUCACGUCGUUCUAAACUUGACCUGACCAUCUGCAGUGUCGCUGCCCCUCUCUGUUUUGCUCCUACUUUCUGUUCCUGCCUUUCUCGCCAUCAUUACUGUCAAACUCCUAAAAAAUAUUGGUUAAAAAAAAAGUUUAGAGAGAACAUCAUUGAUCCAAGAAUAAAGUGACAGAAAGGCAGGACAGAGACAGAAAGCCUCAAUUACGAAUCCAUCUGUUCCUGCAGCUCCGCUGACAGUGCGGCGGUAUAAACAACACUUGGUAGGCUUCUGGUGUUUUGGCGGCUCGGAUUAUUCAUUUCAACUUGCACAAUAUGUAUGUCAAACAGAGAAUCAGUCAGCCAGACUUUUUUUUUUUUUUUUGUGCCCACGGUCUCUGCUAACAAGAGGUCAUUGAAGGAGAAACGGUAGGUUAACAAGGCAGCGCUGCAUUUUGCUAACAAGAUACAUUUCCUCUUCCCAGUGUUUUCAGGGGGAAAAAAAUGAUAUACAACGAUUCUGAAAAGUGAGGCUAAUGCAAAGUACCUUAAAUGGGAACUUUCUAUUGUAAAAUAAACAUCUGGUCUAAUAUAAUAUGCCCCUUUUUAUUUUCCUGUUGAGUUUGAACACUGGGGGUGUUGAGUAGAGAUUAAUGUACGCCGCAGUGAAGUCUUUACUUAUUGCCGCUAAUCUAAACACAGCAACGACUCUUAAUGAGGAGCCCCUUUGUCAGCUAUAAGGUACUAAAAGGAGUGAAAAAUAGUUCAAAGAAAGAUGCAAUAAUUCUGAGCUGUUUAUUGGUUUUGCAAACUCCUCGGAUGUGGUUUAAUGGCCUCCGCAGAGAACAGUUCAGGUUCAAUACUAAUGCUGCACCUACUAGCUAAUUACUAGUGUCGGGAACUGAGACUUUCAUAUAUCCCAACUAACCUACCAGUGCCCCAUACGGAUUUUGCUCUGAGAUAAUGGGCAUUAACAGGACUAGGGCUCACAAUAGCUUACUUUGAUUUAUGAAACAAACCCAGAUUUGUAAAAAUCAGCUACUUCAUGUAGCUCUGAGCUGGGUCUUAAACUUGUAUUAAGGGAAUAACUUUUUUUACCACAACUAUUUCUCAUAUUGGUUGUCUGUCCAGCACAAGGACCCUUAAAGAGGCGCGGAAGGAAGCUAAAUGUUGCUCUGUAUUGUGUUCUCAUUGCCAAGCUCUGCUGUCUUGUCAGUUCUAUAGCUAAAAAAAAAAAACAGACAUGGUAUUAAUCUCCUUUUAACAAUAUACCGCUUAAAUACUUUGCUAAGCUGUAUUUUAAAACGGUGAAUUUAAGUAUUUUCAUGUAACAGAAUGAGCGAGAGAAGGAAUGCUAACAGUGCAGCUAAAAUAUGGUAAUGAUACUAAAUCCUUUUUUCUGUUGCAUGAAUUAAAAUAUAUUUUUAAAAACACACAACUCCACAUGAUUAAGACCCUAGUGCCUUCAGAUGCUGACCGCAGAUGGUGACAGCCAACCAAAGCAGACACUGGACUCUCUAGGUUUGCCAUUGUUACCUUAGUUUGUGAUUUACUUUAAAAACCUAAACAACUUUAGAAGAUUCUGGAAAUAUUCUCGACUCAGUGCUUUGCCAUGUGACUGGUGUUGCAUUUUCUACUUUGCUGUCCACCAUCACCAGGACCUUCCAUGAGAUUGGGCAUGGGCUGGUAUGAGAUUCUCAUGAUACUCUUAAAGAAAUGUAUUAAUUAUCUAGUCACUGUAAAAAAAUUGUUUUACCCAAAUUAACUGAUUGUAUUUAAAACGGCUCUAGCUUAGAACAGUGGUAACCUUAAGGUGAAGGCUGGCUUUUACAUCUGGACUAUCAAUUAUUCUCUCAGCCAGAAAUAUUUUUAAAAUAUUGAGGAAAAAAAACAAAACAUUUCAGCUUCAGUUUAGCCAGAUGACCUUUAGCAUACAGGAACAGCUUUAGCCUCAGACAACUCCAAUCACUCCCAAAGAUUUUAUUGGUUUCUUAAGAAAAAACCAGGAAUGGCAAGACAUUUUUGGACUCUGGUAUCUUUCCCAUGCCAAUAUUUAAUGCAGAGAUUGAACGUUUUUCUCCUGCUUUGCACAUUUAAGUGGGUGAAGACAAAAUGGUUUCCAUUGACAAUCAAACGUAGGCUGCCAAGCAGUUUUUUUUUUAACCACGUUUUGGCUCUGUUGUUGUUGAUGUUGCCGUGCCAUCGCUUCAUGCCCUCUAAUUCACUCCUCUACCCAAUUAGUUGGAAAGUUACAAGCACAUUUUGUCUUAAGAUACUUUAUUAUUUAUGCUUUAACAAGUAUGUCACUUUAGGAAGACAUACGUUGAAAUGUUGGGUCACAGUAGUGCCCUAGUCGUCUUGUUUUAGUUGCAGUGUGGUGAAAUGUAUGUGGAAUACGUUGUAUCUUGUCUGUUUGGGGUUGCACUUACUGAAUCGCCUGGAUAAAAGCUACAGCUGAUUUGCCAUUUUUUUUGUUGUUUCCUGUAUUCACUUGUUUGUAGAGAUGUCGUUACGUUUUGUGUUCUCUAACUUUAUAUGUUAAUAGCACUUUGAAUACACUGGUUAGGACUGCAGUUUUCACAAAUGUACAUAUGUAAUGUUUUUGAUGAACAUAAGGGUAAUAAAUUGAAUGUUCAUACCAUAA